AGUUAGUUCCGCCCCCGGCCGCAAGAUGGCGCUGCCAUUUUUUUUUUAAAUUUAUGGUAUUCGAGUUUGUUAGUGUUUCACUUAACAGAGUAAUUACAUAAAUAAUUUAUUUUAAUAUUGGUAAAGUGAUAUUAGAAAAACACUUAUAUAAUAAACUAAUAUACAUACAGUCAAUGAAAUUUUAAAAGAAGAUUAUUGAUAAUGGUUAUUAUGGAUCCUAUUUACAUAAACAUGGUUAUGUCAGAUACCGAUAGCACUAAAAAUGAAAAAAAAAUUUGAAACUAGAUAACUAAAGAAUCUUCCUAUUUUUUCUGUUAAGUAUUAACACUGAAAUAAAUACUGUUAAAAAUGAAUUUAGUAUUAAAAAUACUUCUCUCCUAUUGUUGGACCAAUAUGUAUUUAAUAAUUGGAUUAAGCAUGGGUUUAAGUCUCAGCAUAAUAUCAGUACCACUCGAUAUCAAUGAUUACGAUAGUAAAACAGAGAAUUUACUGCAUUACUCAAACUAUCAAGAUGAGUUGGAUGAAUAUGAACCAAAGAUAAACAUUAACAAUAAACCGCAACAAGCACAAAAAGUUUCCAAAACAUUAAUACGUCCAAGAUAUUACUCUACAGAGCUUGGAAUCAGAGAAAAGCUCUUCAUAGGAGUGAUAACAAGCCAGCAAUAUUUACACAGUAGAGACACAGCAAUUAAUAAAACAGUUGCCCAUAUUGUAGAUAAAGUAAGGUAUUUUAUUUCUAUACCGGAAGGAACCAAACCUAAUGUAACUCUUCCUGGUAUAGUUGGAUUUACAGACACUAGAAGUAUCUUGAAACCAUUUCAUACUAUGAAGUAUAUCAUUGAUAAUUACUUGGAAGAUUAUGAUUAUUAUUUUUUAGUCAAAGAUAUAAGUUAUAUCAAUGUUAAACAAUUAUUAAACUUUGUUUCCAAGAUCAGUGUAAGUCAGAAUGUUCAUGUAGGCGUUCCUGGAGAUAUCCCAACUUAUUGUUCUUUAGAUUCAGGAAUUCUCUUGAGUAAUUCAGUGAUUCAAGAAUUGAAGAGUAAUUUAGAUUGGUGCGUAAAAAAUGCUUAUUCUGAUUCAGAUGAUGUUAAUUUUGGUCGAUGUAUUAUCCAUUCUAUGUCAACGCCUUGUUCCAACCAAAUACAAGGACAGAAAUUUGUAUUUACAAAAUUGAAACCGACCUUUAUAUUUGAACAAAAUUUUAAAGAAUUAGCUAAAAAUGAAGAAUUUUUACGUUCUCUUGUAAUAUAUCCAAUAUACGAUCACCAUCUUAUCUAUAAAUUCAAUACCUAUUUUGCAGCAACGAAGUCUGUGGAGAUUCAGGAAAAAAUUGCUUACAUACGAAAGGCUGUUUUAAAUAUGGCACCUUUAGGACCAUUACAAGAACGAAAUGUUUCUUGGCCUAUUGGUAAUCAACCUGGAAACAAAGCUACUGGACGUUUCGAUAUUUUACGAUGGACGUAUUUUAACGAGACUCAUGAAUUUUUUAAUACUGAUUUCUCCAGCGUGCAGGAGUUAAAAACUGACGCGAAGUUUGAUAUAGAUCGAAUAAUAAACUUUACGGCUUCUAGCGUUAUUGCUAGUUAUGAUGAAAAAUUGAAAUUUAAAAGAUUGUUAAAUGGAUAUCAAAAGUUUGAUGCAUCCCGAGGGAUGGAUUACAUAUUAGAUUUAGAGUUUAUUGAUACUGAUACUGAUAAAGAAUUGAUAAAAAGGGUGGAAGUAUGCAAGCCACUGGGUAAAGUUGAAAUUUUACCUGUGCCAUAUGUAACAGAAAACACAAGAAUAAAUAUAAUAUUGACUGUAGAUUUGUUAAACAAACAGGCUGCGUUAAAUUUUUUAGAGCAAUAUGCAUUAGACUGUAUGGAGAAAAAGUACAAAACUUUCCUUAUGGUGGUGCUUCUAUACAAUUUUGAUUCCACUUCGAAAGGUAAGGAAGAUAUGUAUUAUGACAUUAAACACUAUAUUCUGAUGCUGGCUGAAAAAUACAAGAAACAUCAGUCCAAAAUCACUUGGCUCUCUGUACGCUUACCAAAUGGUAUAACAUCUAUAGGAUCUAAUCAGUUAUUAAAUAUCGCUGUAACAGAUUUAUGCAUUAGAAAAUUUUCACCUGAAAGUCUAAUACUUUUCGUCGAGAUGGACGUACAACUUCGAUUGGAUUAUUUAAAUAGAGUUCGUAUGAAUACUAUCAAUCAGUAUCAAAUAUUUAGCCCAAUUCCAUUUAUGGAAUUCCAUCCGGAUAUAGCCCACAUAAACGAUAUGAAACAAGACACAGAUAUUAACAGAAAUCAUGGGAGAUACGAUGAAUACAAUUACAAUAACAUUGCGUUUUAUGUUAGGGAUUAUAAUGCAAUGCGAAAAACUGUGGAAGUUAGUAUUCCAAUAAUACACUCUGAUCGAGACAUUCACUCUUUGUUAAAGUUGUCACAGGAAAUACCUGUUACAUCUUUGUUCGAGAUGUUCGUUUCUUUUAGUAAUAUUCACGUACUACGUGCAGUAGAGCCGGCGCUCAAAGUAAAAUAUAAAAACAUUAAUUGUGCUAAUACCACAAACAAUAUGUACAAGAUUUGUAUUCAAUCAAGAAAUCUUUAUUUGGGUCGACAUAGUCAACUCGCUAGAUUAAUACUAGAUUACCAGAGUUAUAAGAAUAGUUUAUUGGCAUAAAUUAUAUUUAUCACAAAAAAGUAUUAUCAAACGUUGAAACUUAUAUUAUUGUCGAGUUGGAAAUAUUUAUGUAGUUUCUAUAGUACAAAAGUUGAGAUAAUUUUAAAUGAGGUAAGUAAACGAAAGUUUUAUAUCUGAUAUGAAAUUUGAUAUGAAAUGUUAACCUUUUAUGCAUGUACGUAAUAGAAUUUAUAUUAUAACGCAUACUUUAUUAAAUUUAUACAGCAUUUCAUUUAAAUAAAUAUUUUGUAAGUAA